UUCUUCUCUAAUCUGACUCGCACGAUGACAGUAUCAUCAUUUUGAUUCGUCGAUCGCACCACCUUUUUCUUUCAAAUGUAAAACGAACCCUUUCACAAAUAGUAAAGAAGCUGCAGCCACUCACCCAAAUUGGUUCCCCAUCCAACUCCACCUGUUGUUGCAAAUCCCUCGUCAAAAAAAAGUACAACAGUGAGUCGGAACAUUGGAAAAUAUUCACCGCCUUCUUCUUACCCUGCCAGAUACAUCAAAACUGUCCCAUCCACCAUCCACCUUUCCAUUGUCUACUCCCGUCCUGUCCCUAGCCCACAUUCGUUUUGACUCGAACUCGGACUGGUUUUAUUAUCAUAUUGCAUACGAACCAUAAAGUAUUCCAUGUUGUAUUCACUCACUUCAACUCUCGGGUUUUAAAGGACAAUUGAGAGAGAAAUAUAUGUAUUCCUCACUCAAUUGAACCUCAACAAUUGUCAAACCACCAAAUUAAAAUUUACUCUCCCCCUCACUCUCCGCUUCUCAAGUCGCCAUGAGCUCAAAUUUUCCAAUCGAUACAAUUCAAGAUGGGACAAACAAAGCUGCGCCAGAGUGGGCACAUCAAAAUGGAGACACCACUUUUCCCGUAGAAAAGAAACUCGAAAGUUCAACACAUUAUCCAGCUCUUCCAGUGAUGGGUAAGAGAAAGGCCAAAAGGAAAGAUGAUAGCCCUCUGGAUAUCAUUUGUAGAUUCGUUGUGGACCAUCAAACUGGUAAAAUUCUCUAUCGACAUCUUUCUCUAGAUUUUUCUAACAAUGAACCUUAGGACUAUCUGUCAAUCUCCUGAUGCUUCUUUCCUUAACACACAUUUGCUUUCCGAAGGCCCGCAGGCAUACCCGAAAAUUCUUCGAGCUUUCUUACUAUAACCCGGAGUCUGGCGAGUACUGCGCCGGCUGGAAUGAUGCUUGGCUUGUGUUCUAUUGGAUUGUUAUCUUUACCGGACUUCGCGCUGCUUUCAUGGAUUAUGUCUUAAGGCCAUUGGCAAGAAAGGGCGGGGUGAAGACUGCGAGAGACGAGACCAGAUUUGCUGAGCAGGCUUGGCUUAUGGUCUACUAUUCUGUGUUCUGGACACUGGGCAUGGUUAGCUAAAGUCGAAUAUAUUGUUGAAAAGCUUCUCACUAACAGAUGGAUAGUACAUAUAUGUCAACUCGGACUACUGGUGGAAUUUGACUCAGCUAUGGACUAAUUGGCCUAAUCGAGAGAUUGGUGGACUUCGAAAGUGGUAUAUACUCGUCCAGUAUGCAUUCUGGCUCCAGCAAAUCAUGGUUAUCAACCUCGAAGCACGUCGAAAGGACCAUUGGCAAAUGUUUACACACCACAUCGUUACGACUGCGUUGAUAUUCACAAGUUAUGGUUAUCACCAAACCAAAGUUGCAAAUGUGAUUCUUUGUUUGAUGGACGUGGUGGAUCUUUUCUUCCCGGUAAAUACUCUCUUCUGCCCUCUCUUAACAGAAGCUGACAGCAGCUUCCAUAGUUUGCAAAAUGUCUCAAAUACCUCGGAUACGAUAAAUUAUGCGAUUUCAUGUUUGGACUUUUCAUGCUUUCUUGGGUAAUGGCCCGUCACGCUUUCUACCUCAUUAUAUGCUACUCCGUUUGGGCCGAUAUCCCUAAGGUCAUUAACUAUGGUUGUUAUCAGGGUAAAAAUGGUUCUAUCUCUGGUCCUUUCCCGGCCCCCGAUCGUUUUGCACACCUCUUCAAGCCAUUCCAAGAUCCUGCCGGAGUCAUCUGUUGGAACAAUAACAUCAAAUGGGGUUUCCUUAGCGCCUUGUUGUUCCUUCAAGGUAUCACACUAAUGUGGUUCUGGAUGAUUAUUCAAGUUGCUAUUAAAGUCAUCAGAGGUGGUCAAGCAGAUGAUACUCGAAGUGACAACGAAGAGGAAGAGGAGGAAGAAGUUGAUUUGGACGAGGAAGCCUUGACUGAGGAAGUCCAUCUUGUGGAAGGAGAACCAUAUGAGGAAGAAGUGGGCGUGGAAGAACUCAAUUUGAAGGGGAGAACGUUGAGAAAUAGUCGAUAUAAGAAAACUACGAGCAGUGCUAGUGGUGUGAGUAUCCCGGGGCACAGCGAUAGAAAGGAACUGUUGGGCAGGAUUGGGUGUGACAAAGGCGUUUAGGAAUAUGUCAUUGUUUCCGAUACAUGAUUUUUUCUGUCCCCGACGGGUGGGCAGCAGCAGUGUGAUGAGUUGGGGAGCGAGGAAUAACUCGGACGAGAACUGGCGAGGAAUAUAACAAUAUUUUCUUGCUUUUUCAUGGUAUAUGGCAUGGGUUUUCUUGUUUCUACAGGGAUUUGGGAAGAUACCGAUUGAUUUUUCCAUUGAUGGUUGAGAGUUAUGAUAAAGCAUACCCAUUCUCCUAUUUUACAAAAAGUUGAACGAGGGGAAAGAAAGGUUCUAGUUAUUUUUGCGUUUCAACGUGUCAUCGUUGGCAUAUCAUCAGAGAUUUCAUGGUGAUGGACUUGUAGCGAAGGGAAGGCAUCAUUGUAUGUAUGUACCUAGUAUGUAUGUGGAUGGGAUUUGAACUAUACCCAGUUUUAGACAACUCUGGGAUUUUGUGUGUUUGUCCACCAAUAGUAAGAAAUGCUUUGAGGAC